AUGGUGGCAUCAAGAAGAGCAUCGUCGAUGCGUGUAAGAGCUGCCAUGAAGAUGACAUACCUCCCGGCCUUCGCCGUCGUCUUGCUCUCGGGGUGCGGCCAUGCCUCCUCGAGGUCGCUGCCCUCGGUCACCACCCAUGGCGCCGAUGCACAGCUGGAAGGUGGCCGAGCGGCGCGCGCCAAGCUCGAGCCUCCAACCGCGAAUGCUGAUAAACCGCCGGAGCUCGGAAUCCGCGACAACGGUUCCAUUCAGUCUGAGAAGAAAAAGCGCCAUGCCAAGGCGCCGCCCAAGCACCACGGGCCUGGCAAACACGCUCCCCCGGCCGACCCUUCGCCGCCGGCGCCUGAUCCGGACGGCGGCCAGCCCCCGGAGGUACCUGUUCCGGAGGGCCCGCACGACCAGAACCCGCCGGCGUGGCCGUUCCCGUGGCCGCAGCCGCCACCGGGCAACGACCGGCCGCCUCUGCCUCCGUUCCCGUUCCACCCACCGCCACUUCCUGCAUGGCCGCAACCAGAACCAGGCGAGCAGUGGCCCCCGCUGCCGGCAUGGCCGCAGCCAGAACCAGGAAAGCAGUGGCCCCCGCUUCCUGCAUGGCCGGAGCCAGGACCAGGAGAGCAGUGGCCGCCGUUCCCGGCAUGGCCGCAGCCAGAACCAGGAAAGCAGUGGCCGCCGUUCCCGGCAUGGCCGCAGCCAGAACCAGGAAAGCAGUGGCUGCCGUUCCCGGCAUGGCCACAACCGGAGCCAGGAAAGCAGUGGCCUCCCUUCCCGUUCUACCCGCCGCCGAUGCCGUCAUGGCAGUGGCCGCCAUCACCGUCUUUCCACGGCGAGGAGGAAGAACACGCAUCUAGGCUGGCGCCGCCUGUUCCAGCGCACAACUGA